ACGUAUCCCCUCCCAAAUCUUCCAAACCCAAACAACCAAAAAAAAAAGCCAUGGAUGGAGGUCCAUGCAAGAAGCUCACAGAGAUGAGCAAAAGCUCCUGGAAAAACUUCACCUCCUCCUGCCACCGGGCCGAAAACUCUCUCAACCGCGCCGUCGCCGACAGCCUCAUCGGCCGUUACUUCAAGCUCGACGUCCGCAAAUCCUCUUUCACUACCGAGCUCCGUGCCGGCACCGCCACCUUCCUUACCAUGGCCUACAUCAUCUCUGUUAACUCAUCCAUCCUCUCUGACUCCGGCGGGCCUUGCUCCUUUUCUGAUACCAACUACCAGUCCUGCCUCUCCCAAACCAGGAGCGAUCUCGUUGUCGCCACCAUCGUCCCCGCCAUCAUCGGCAGCUUACUCAUGGGCACAUUCGCCAACCUCCCUCUUGCUCUCGCUCCGGCCAUGGGAACCAAUGCUUACUUCACUUACAACAUGGUCGGAGUUCAUGGCUCCGGCCCGGUGCCUUACGGCACGGCGUUGGCCGUCGUCAUGUGCGAAGGCUGUGUGUUUUUAGCACUCUCUGUCCUUGGCCUUCGCUCGAAACUCGCCCGUAUGAUUCCUCGUUCUAUUCGCUUAGCCUCUGCCGCCGGCAUCGGCCUUUUUCUCGCCUUCGUCGGCCUCCAACCUCACCAAGGCCUUUCCCUUAUCGGACCCAGUCCAUCGACUCUCGUCACCCUCACCGCCUGCUCCCACUCAGAUCCCAUCACUGGCGCCUGCCUCUCCGGCACCAUGCAAAGUCCCACCUUUUGGCUCGGCACUGCCGGCUUCUUAAUCACCACCUUCGCAUUGACCAAAAACAUCAAAGGCAGCAUGAUAUACGGCAUUCUUUUCGUCACCUUCAUCUCUUGGUUUCGCAACACUAGUGUCACCAUGUUCCCUGACACUCCCAUUGGUGAUUCCAACUAUGACUACUUCAAGCGUGUUUUUGACUUCCAUCUGAUCAAGAACACCGCAGGGAUGAUCAGUUUCAAACACUUCAACCGGAGUGAAGUUUGGGUGGCGCUCAGCACUUUGCUGUAUGUCGAUGUGCUUGAUGCUUCAAGCAUCAUGUAUUCCAUGGCCGAGUUUGGUGGCUUCACUGAUGAGAGUGGAGGCUUUCAAGGUGAGUACAGAGCUUUCAUGGUGGAUGCUAGCACCACCAUUGUAAGCUCAUCUUUGGGAGCCACAACAGUUACUGCUUUUAUAGAGUCUACUGCCGGAAUGAGAGAAGGUGGGAGAACAGGGAUUACAGCGGUGGUGGUAGCGUUGUACUUCACGGCGGCGUUGUUUUUCACGCCGGUUUUUAGGAGUGUGCCGCCGUGGGCGGUGGGGCCGUCUAUGGUGGUGGUGGGAAUGAUGAUGAUGAAGAUGAUAAAGGAUAUUGAAUGGGGGGAUGCUAAAGAAGGAGUGCCAGCUUUCUUAACUAUGAUUUUGAUGCCAUUGACGUACUCUAUAUCUAAUGGGAUUAUUGCUGGGAUUGGAGUUUAUGUUGUUCUUCGUUUGUGGGAUUAUUUCGAGAGUUUGGUGAAGUGGAUGAGGAAGAUGAAGAAGUUUAUGGAGGAUGCUCAUAAUCAAGUUUCUGCUGCAUCUGCAGAUACUGUUCCUUGUUCAUCUGUUGUUUGAGUUUUGUCUGUUGUUGUUGUUCUUUUCUUUUUUAAGAAAUUUAGUCUAAUUGUAGUGGUCUAAUAUAUAUGUAUAAUGUUUUGUUGUUGCUAAUUACUGCUUAUCUUUGACUGGAAGAAGAUAAUGUUGGUUGGAAAUAAGUGGUAAUUAGUGAUAAUGAAAGCUUAUUUAUUUCUUUUAA